UGUCCCGGAGCAAGCCGGCCACUGCCACAGCGCGCUCGCCUUCACUCGCUGGCGCAGCCAACUUUAGAGCAGCAGGCCUGGCCAUGGGGGUGCCCCCGGGCCGGAUCACGUAGACACUGCGCCCCGAGAACCAACGCAUCCCUUCCUGCGUCCGGGCCAUGGUCGGCCGCGGAGCCUCCUUGUGUGCGGUGCAGCCGGCGGUGGCUGAGUGCGGCCCGGCUCGAGAGCCCCAGCCGCUUGAGGUAUCCCCGCGCAAGAGGCUGCCCGCCGGGCUCGACCAAGACCCAUGCAGCAGCCGCCCUGCUCCAGAGGGCGCCGGGGCCAGCGCAGAGCAGGGCCACUCGGCCGGCGGGGGCGGUUGGUGCCGCCACUGCCACACGAAGCUCGUGGAACUCAAACGACAAGCUUGGAAGUUGGUCACCGGGCCCGGGACUCCCCUCCGAGAUCCUUGCCUCUCCACUCUGCUUCUUGAGAAGCUCCCGGCGUCUGGGGUUCAGCCAGCGUGCCGCCCUGACACGGAGAACCGCUGUGACGUGUGCACCACGCACCUGCACCAGCUCACUCGGGAAGCGCUGCGCCUUUUACAGACCCCUGCCAGCCACGAGGACCCUGAUGCUUCCCGAGGACGCCUUGUGGCUCCCAGCCCUAGGGACCCACCUGGGCCAGCGGGCCUCACAGGGAGGCAGUCCCCCGUGGGACCUGACAGGAGGAAGGCAGCAGCGUGGCCACCCGGCCCCAGCGUUCAGGUGUCCGUAGCGCCAGCAGGCCUUGGGGGAGCGUUGAGUACAGUCACCAUCCAGGCUCAGCAGUGCCUGGAGGGUGUGUGGAGCCUCUCAAGGGUCAACAGCUUCUUGCCACCCACCUGCCUGGCUGAGGCGGCUGUGGCUGCUGUGGCUGUGGCCGACACUGUCCGAGACUGCGCCCCAACAGUGGGAGCUGAUCGCAUGCCUAAGGCAUGGGGCCGAGGAGCAGCGUGCACGUCAGCCCUCGUUACCCCAGCCCCAGGCACCUCAUCAGGGGGCUCCACAGGUCCCUCUGCGGCGGCCUCUUUCUUUAUAAGGGCUGCCCAGAAGCUCAGCCUGGCCUCCAAGCGCAAGAAGCAUCAUCCACCACCUGCGCCCACCACUCGUGGCACAUCCACCUACCCCACGGACUUCAGUGGUACUCUGCAGCUGUGGCCACCCCCAGUGCCCCCCUGCCUGCUCAGGGCUGCCUCCAAGGCCAAGGAAACCCCCAGCAGUUUCGGAAAGGUAAAGGUUAUGCUGCGCAUCUGGCCAGCCCAGGGAGUCCAGCGCUCUGCUGAGUCCACAGCCUUCCUGAAAGUGGACCCUCGGAAGAAGCAGGUGACUCUCUAUGACCCUGCUGCUGGACCUCCAGGCUGUGCGGGCCUCCGGCACACCCCCACAGCACCAGUCCCCAAGAUGUUUGCUUUCGACGCCAUCUUCCCCCAGGACUCGGAGCAGGCUGAGGUCUGCUCGGGGACUGUGGCUGAAGUGCUUCAGGCUGUGGUUGGGGGAGCUGAUGGCUGCAUUUUUUCCUUUGGCCACAUGAGCCUUGGCAAGUCGUACACCAUGAUCGGGAAGGACAGCUCCCCCCAGAGCCUGGGCAUCGUGCCCUGUGCUAUCUCCUGGCUCUUCAGGCUCAUUGAUGAGUGCAAGGAAAGGAUGGGCACACGCUUCUCCAUCCGCGUGUCGGCUGUGGAAGUGUGUGGCCACGACCAGAGUCUGCGGGACCUGCUUGCUGAGGUGGCUUCGGGCAGCCUUCAGGACACCCAGUCUCCGGGCGUGUACCUGCGAGAGGACCCUGUGUGUGGGGCACAGCUCCAGAACCAGAGUGAGCUGCGGGCACCCACGGCAGAGAAGGCAGCCUUCUACCUGGACGCGGCACUGGCAGCCCGCAGCACUAGCCGCGCUGGCUGUGGGGAGGACGCCCGGCGGAGCUCCCACAUGCUCUUUACGCUGCAUGUGUACCAGUAUCGUGUGGAGAAGUGUGGCCAAGGAGGAAUGUCUGGAGGCCGUAGCCGUCUGCACCUCAUCGACCUGGGCAGCUGUGAGGCGGCACUUGGUAGAGGUGGGGAGGCCUCAGGAGGACCCCCGUGUCUGUCUCUGUCGGCUCUGGGCAGUGUCAUCCUGGCCCUGGUCAAUGGCGCCAAGCAUGUGCCCUACAGGGACCACAAACUCACCAUGUUGCUGCGGGAGUCCCUGGCUACGACCAACUGUCGCACCACCAUGAUUGCGCACAUCUCAGACUCUCCCACCCACCACGCGGAGACACUCAGCACUGUGCAGCUGGCUGCUCGCAUCCACCGCCUGCGCAAGAAGAAGGGCAAGUAUGCAUCCAGCUCCUCAGGAGGGGAGAGCUCCUGCGAGGAGGGCCGGGUCCGCCGUCCCCCACACCUUCGGCCCUUCCACCCACGCACCAUGGUGCUGGACCCUGACCGCUCGGCUCCCGGCCUCUCCGGCGACCCUGACUACUCAUCCAGCAGCGAGCAGUCCUGUGACACUGUCAUCUACGUGGGUCCUGGUGGGGCGCCGCUGUCAGACCGCGAGCUCACAGAUAAUGAGGGCCCGCCCGACUUUGUGCCCAUCAUCCCCGCGCUGAGCCGACGUAGGCCCUCCGAGGGGCCCCGGGAUGCCGACCACUUCCGCUGCAGUACGUUUGCGGAGCUGCAGGAGCGGCUAGAGUGCAUAGAUGGCAGCGAGGGAUUCCCUGACCCCCAGGGUGGCUCUGAUGGGGCCAGUCCUGCCGCCCGGGGAGGCAGGAAACCUUCGCUACCCGAGGCCACGUCCCCAAGGAAGGCUGUGGGCCCCCAAGUGGUCACCAGCUCCCCUCGAGGCAGCCCUGGGCAGGAUACUCACCGGAGCAGUUCAGAAUCCUCUAAGACUUGUGAUCAGAGAGUAGACGGUACCCGGCCUGAGCCAGCUGCCCCAGACAAGAACACAGGAGGUGGAGGCAGGAGGCUAUUGCCCAGUCCAGCCCCUCCACCACCUCGGCAGCCAGAAGCUCGAGGUGUCCCCACAGAACCUGGGGGAGAUGGCCCUGACGGUGUGAUGCGGACACCCCCUGUGGGCAUGAGUGGGCAGGUGGCCUUGUCCCCACUGCUCUCAGACGCAGCUUACCCUUGCCCGUCUGCUCGUGGCCGCCACCUGGAGAGAGGCCUGCUGACCACCACAGUGACCCUGCAGCAGCCAGUGGAACUGAAUGGCGAGGAUGAGCUGGUGUUCACAGUGGUAGAGGAACUGCCUCUGGGGGGACUGGCAGGGGCCACACGGCCCUCCAGUCUGGCCAGCUUGGGCAGUGACUGUUCCCUGCAGGCCCUGGCCUCAGGGUCAAGGCCAGUCAGCAUCAUCAGCAGUAUCAAUGAUGAGUUUGAUGCCUAUACCUCGCAGGUGUCUGAGGGCCCAGGAGAUGCUGUGGAGCUCCCGGUGGGAACGACAUGGGCCGGAGGCAGUCCAGCCUCAUCCAUUGGCUCCUGGCUGAGUGAUGUCAGUGUCUGCUUGGCUGAAAGCCGUGGUCCCACACCACAGCCUCCCUUCUGCCCUGACUCUGCAGCAGGGCUGGGUCCACCAGAGUUUCCUGCCCCAAGCAGUACCCUAGAGGACGGCAAGGUCAGGUCCUCAGAGAGUGCAAGACCCGACAAUCCUGCCUCAGCCCGGAGUCCGCACCCUGGGGAGGCGGUCACAACUCCGACCCGACCUGGCAGAGAGCCUUGGGCCGGGUCACCACCGAAUGAGGCAACCUCAGCCCUGGCCAUCCACUCCAGCCUCCCCCGGAAAAGCAGGACUACCUCCACAGCCAGCCGUGCUCGCCCCAGCCGGGGUCCCUACAGCCCCGGAGGCCUGUGUGAGGACCCUUGGCUACUUCGGGCAGAGGACUGUGACACACACCAGACAGUCACCACGGCCAGGGCCCCAAGCCCAAGCUCAGGGUCCCCGCGACUGCCUGAGACUCAGAUCAUGCUGCCUUGUGCCCAGAGAGUGGUGGAUGGAUGCGAGGUGGCAACCAGAGUGUCGCGGAGGCCAGAGGUUGUGGCUCGGAUCCCACCUUUGCGGAGGGGAGCCACCACUCUGGGAGUGACCACACCUGCUGCUUCCUGUGGGGACACAUCAGCAGAGGCGUUGGUCCACUCAGGAAGCCUAAAGACCACCUCCAGCAGUAAGAAGAACGUAUCUCCCAAGGUGGCCUUCUUUCCAAGGCCUAGUGGGGCAGGUCCCCCGGCCCCUCCUGUGCGCAAGUCUAGCCUGGAGCAGAGCACGGGCCUUGCCCCUACCCAGGUCCUGGGGGUGACCCGGGCAGGGACUACUUCUGCCUUCCGAGGGGAGGAGGAAGCCAGGCCCAGUGGUCGGACUGAUUACCCUGUUCCCAAGGCCACAUCCAGCCUGAAAGCCCGAGCCGGCAAGAUGGAGGUAGCACAGCGUCCCGGUGGCCACAUGUCCCUGGAGCGGUACGAGGGUCUGACACAUGGCAACAGCAAGGUCAGAGAAGUUUCAGGACGGCCGCCAAGGGCUGUGCCCAGGUUGGGCGUACCACCCACCAGCCCCCCACUUGGACCAGCUCCUGCCUGUAGGAGCAGCCCAGCUAAAGGUGUUGGAGCAUCCAAGCCUCCACCUGGUGGGACUAAGGGCCGUAAUCUGGGGGCCAGUACAUCUCGGGCUCUGGCUGCUCCAGUGAAGCCUCUGGCCCCUGUGGCAGGCAAGACGAUUAGUGGCCCUGUGCCAGGACCCCGAAUGGCUCCAAGGGCUGUGCCUGCUGGCAUUGGGGCCAAGGCAGGCCGGGGCACCAUCAUGGGCACCAAGCAGGCGUUCCGGGCUGCCCAUAGCCGUGUCCAUGAAUUGGCAGCCAGUGGAUCUCCCAGUAGAGGCGGCCUCUCCUGGGGCUCGACUGACUCUGACAGCGGCAAUGACAGUGGUGUGAACCUGGCUGAGGAGCGGCAGCCCGUGAGCCCCGCACUGCCCUCCCCCUACAGCAAAGUGACUGCACCGAGGAGACCCCAGCGCUACAGCAGUGGCCAUGGCAGUGACAACAGCAGUGUGCUGAGCGGGGAGCUCCCCCCUGCCAUGGGCCGUACCGCACUCUUCUACCACAGCGGUGGCAGCAGUGGCUACGAGAGCAUGAUCCGCGACAGCGAAGCCACUGGCAGUGCCUCCUCAGCCCCUGACUCCAUGAGUGAGAGCGGAACUGCCUCCCCGGGUGCCCGCUCCCGCAGCCUCAAGUCCCCAAAGAAGAGGGCCACAGGUCUACAGCGGCGGAGGCUGAUCCCGGCCCCACUACCUGAUGCUGCUGCCUUAGGCCGAAAGCCCAGCCUUCCUGGGCAGUGGGUGGACUUGCCUCCGCCCCUGGUUGGCUCUCUAAAGGAGCCCUUCGAGAUUAAGGUCUACGAGAUAGAUGAUGUGGAGCGCCUGCAGCGGCACCGCCUGCCUCUGAGGGAGGAAGAAGCCAAGCCCUCCCAGGAUUUGGAGAAGGGCCCAGUGUGCAUCAGCUCCAAGCUGCGGCUAGCAGAGCGCAGGCAGCAGCGGCUGCAGGAAGUGCAAGCCAAACGAGACCACCUCUGCGAGGAGCUGGCUGAGACCCAGGGCCGGCUGAUGGUAGAGCCCGGGCGCUGGCUGGAGCAGUUCGAGGUGGACCCGGAGCUGGAGCCGGAAUCAGCUGAGUAUCUGGCAGCCCUGGAACAAGCCACAGCUGCCCUGGAGCAGUGCGUUAACCUGUGCAAGGCCCAUGUCAUGAUGGUCACCUGCUUUGACAUUGGUGUUGCUGCCACCACUGCUGUACCUGGGCCACAGGAGGUGGACGUUUGAGGUGGAGCACAGGGCAUAGGCAAGGAUGUGCAGGGCAGCGGGGGCAAGGAUGUGGGAUGGAGUGAGGAUGUGGAGAGGGUUGGCGGGUUGAAGACACAGGGUCUGUGCAGGACUGGGGGAUCUUAGAGAGGAGAUGGAGGGUGGGGGAAGGGAGGGCCAGCCAGUGGACAGAGAGAGCACGGGGAUAGAAAGACUGUCGCCACCCAGACAGCCACGCAAGUGCCUUUAAAUUUGAGUAGGCCUUUUCUCCUUUUUCUAAUUUGGUGCUACGGACUCAAGACAGGACUCAGACACCAGCAGACAGAGUCUCAGCCAGGGUGGCUGUGGCCACGCUGGCCAGGCUAAAGCCAGUUUGUUUCUGAUUUUGCCUUCCUUACAACUAAGCAGUUUUGUGUAGCAGGGCCAGGCCUGUUCUGGGCCAGCUUUCUUUUAGAUUGGGUUAGUUUUCCUUUGCAGCAGCUUUCUCUGGACAGGCCUGCCACACCGCAGCCGUGGUGUCCUCUGCGGGUGGACAGCUAGCCUAACCUCCGGUCCCUUCCUUUCCUUGAGGGCCCCACUCUGUUCUGAGGACACCAGAAGCCACAAACAAGGGCUGGGCCAUGAGCACACAAUGCUUUCUUUCACGGCAGGAAUUCUUACCAAAACCACAAGCAAAAAAAGGACAAAAACAAAAACAAAAAACAAAACAAUGAAACAAACCACCGCCAACAAAGACGGGUUGUGAGUUUUUGUAAAAGUUCUGUUAGCUUCAUAUUUUUGUAUCAUUUUUCCUAUAAACGUAGAAUUUGCAGUGGGAUUUGAAGACAAAUGAUCUAAGUUUUUAUGGUUUUCUACAGGUAUUCCUAGGUCGGGGGCUCUUGGCAGCUGU